UAGUCGAGCAUCGGAAAAUUCUGCUUUCAAAUAAAUGAAGCCAGCAAACUUUUUCCACUAGGUAGUUAUGUCAAAAUAAUUUAUUAUCCUGUGAUAACGGCACAUAGAAAAGAUUACACAGUUUCGAGUGCAGAUUAGUUCGAUAAACGGUACGUGUAUGACAACAGUGUGCUUCUAAUUGGACUCUAUCGAAAUAACGCAAUUGCGUCUACAAUGUUACGAUUCGUUUUAAGUAUUGCUGGAAUAAUAUCUGUUGUAACAGCAGAAAGUUGCUUUCACCAACGAUGUCUGGGUUGCCAUCCCCAAGAGACCAUGUGGCCGGGAAACUCACAAGAAUGCACGCCCGCCAACUGGGUGACAGCUCAAUGGCUACAUAACUUGGGCCAUCCACCACCAUCUACCGAUUCGAAAAUAAAUAUAGAAAUGCGCUGUUUAAAAAUGGUAGCAACACCGGAUGAUAAAUCAUUUGGCAACACUGUGGACGUAAUUCGGGGUUGCGUACCUAAGGUGCAAAUUGACUCUGUCUGUCUUGGCCUGGAGGCAGUUGAACGUGCUCGAGGACACAGUGAUGCACGAUGCUUCAUAUGCAGAGGAAAUGACUGCAACUCCGCCACUACCACGCACGCCAGUUUUAUAUCCUUAGCUUUACUCUCAUUGUACCAUGUAUUGAGAUGAACAGAUACCAAUUGUUUAAGAACUUUUUAAAAAUAAUUAUGUCCAAAAAUUAUACGAUAGGUUAUUAAUACUAUGACAAAUUUGGUUAUCAAUGUAGGUUAUUUGAACAAUAUUUAUUUCUAAGGUACUAUAAGAUAAAGGUCUUAAGAAAUUUUAUUUAUAUAUCUGAAGAACUAAUUUAACAAGAUAAUUCUGCUACAAUAAAAUUACUACAUCGAAUGCUCAAUCAGCGCGACCGUUUUGCACCUCUGAAGGUCUAUAUUGGUAACAUUUCUCUUCCUCACAUUUCCUUUGGACAAAAAAGUGUAAUCAAUCAUGUAUCAUUAAUCAUAUCUUUUAUCAGUCUAAUAAUUCAUAGCCGAAUAAUUCAAGGAAGACGUCUCAGCUAUAUAGAUAGCUCAAUCGUGCAGCGACACGGGAGGAACGAGCCCGAGCUACAUACGUCAUGUUAGCAGAUCGUGACAAUAUUUAGGGAACGUUAUUUAGCAACCUAAAGCCUAGUCAAGUUGAAAGUAACCUCGAAG